CUUCCGCCGAGGCGCAGAGAGUCACCUCGGCCCGACGAGACGCAAGUCCUCCACAGCAGCAAACGAGGCGAGGCGGCGCCAGGCGGACCGGAAGUAGCCGGCGGAAGGCCGGAAGUGGCCGUUGCCAUGGUUGCGGCAUGGUCCUAGGCCCGGGCCUAGGCUUUUUAAUCUGCUGCUGCGAUGACUCAGGCGGAAAUAAAGCUCUGCUCCCUCCUGCUGCAAGAACAUUUUGGGGAGAUCGUGGAGAAGAUAGGGACUUAUCUCAUCAGGACGGGCAGCCAGCCGCUGCGAAUGAUCGUCAACGACACAGGGCUGUCGCUAGAUCAGGUUAAGAAAGCACUUUGUGUCCUCAUUCAACACAACCUGGUGACGUACCAGCUGCAGAAGCGAGGCUUUGUGGAAUACGAGGCCCAGUGCAAGCGGGUGUUGAGGAUCCUCCGGUACCCACGUUACAUCUACACUGCCAAGACCCUCUACAGCGACACAGGCGAGCUCAUCGUGGAGGAGCUCCUCCUCAACGGCAAAAUGACGAUGAGUGCGGUGGUGAGGAAGGUCGCGGAUAGGCUGACCGAAACGAUGGAAGAUGGGAAGACCAUGGAUUACGCUGACGUCUCCAACACGUUUGUACGCCUGGCAGACACGCACUUCGUGCAGAGAUGCCCACUGGUCCCCGAAGCUGCUGAAACCCCAGAGGUGCCGCCGCCUCCUGCACCCACGCUAGUGAUCAACGAGAAGGACAUGUACGUCGUGCCCAAGCUGAAUCUCAUAGGGAAAGGAAAGCGGAGACGAUCGUGUGACGAGGAAGAGAACCGUGAGCGCAAGGCUAAAAGGCAGAAGCAAAAUGGAGAAGGUGCUGAGCCCCCACUUGACGAUGGCAUUUACUGGCAAGUCAACAUUGACCGGUUCCACCAGCAUUUCCGAGACCAGGAAAUAGUCAGUGCUGUGGCCAACCGCAUGGAUCAGACCAGCAGUGAGAUAGUGCGGACGAUGCUCCGCAUGAGCGAAGUCACCACGUCGUCCAGCGCGCCGUACACGCAGCCGCUCUCUUCCAACGAGAUAUUCAGAUCUCUUCCAGCUGGAUACAACAUUGUGAAGCAAGUUUUGGAUCAGUAUCUCACUCUGUUAGCAGAUGACCCCCUUGAGUUCGUGGGUAAAUCUGGGGACAGCGGCGGGGGCAUGUACACUGUCAAUCUUCACAAGGCUCUCGCAUCUCUGGCAACAGCAACCCUGGAAUCCAUCGUGGAGGAGAGGUUUGGUUCUCGCUGUGCCAGGAUAUUUCGCUUGCUUCUGCGGAAGAAGCAUUUGGAGCAGAAGCAAGUGGAGGACUUUGCCAUGAUCCCAGCCAAGGAAGCCAAGGACAUGCUGUAUAAAAUGCUGUCUGAGAACUUUGUGUCCCUGCAGGAGAUUCCCAAGACACCAGACCAUGCGCCCUCCCGGACCUUCUACCUCUACACCGUGAACAUCCUGUCCUCGGCGCGGAUGCUGCUGCACAGAUGUUACAAGAGUGUGGCCAACCUCAUAGAAAGGCGGCAGUACGAGACCAAGGAGAACAAGCGGUUGCUGGAGAAGUCACAGCGGGUGGAAGCUAUCCUGGCGUCCAUGCAGGCCACGGGUGCUGAAGACGUGCAGCUCCAGGAGAUCGAGGAGAUGAUCACAGCCCCCGAGCGCCAGCAGCUGGAGAACCUCAAACGCAACGUCAACAAGAUCGACGCCAGUGAGAACCAGGUGGACGAGACCAUCUUUGUGCUGGAGUCGUUCAUUGAGAGCACCUUGAAGAAGCCCUGAACGUGCCCCAGCUGGGAGACUCCGCGUCCUGGCCCCCCGGCUCAGGUCCCGGCUCAGCCUGGCGGCAGCGGUGCCCGCGGUGCUCGCGCCUCUGUCAGCACCAGCGCUGCUUCCGCAGAGGAAAAUAAACUAAACCCGACUGCUGC